AUGGAAUGCACUAGCGAUGUCGACUAUUGCAGUCAGCAGUGUCUUUCAGGGAAAUGCGCUUUUAAGUGUAGUGCCAGACGGUGUGUACAGCAGUGUGACGGUAAGAAAUGUGACCACUUGCCUUCAGAUCACGAGAAGCCACUUGUAUCCCGCCUGUAUCUGGCAAUUUUGGCAGGGCUGUUUGCAUCAACUACGGUGUUAACGUGCUUGGCGCUAGUCCUGUCCUGCAGUCAGACGGGGUGCUGCAGAAAACGCACGCGAAGAAGACGCGCUGUUCGGGGUCUUGAUAGCAGUACAAGAAGCCUUCCAAUCAAAUCAAACUUAGUGUAGGAAUUGGUAUUGGAGUUGGCCUUAACCAGCGAAAACAAUGGGACAGACAGGAAAACGCCCAGUCUAGCCCUUGGGAUAUGUGAAUUUCACCAAGGCUAUUUUUAGACCAGUUAACGUUUGAAAUUAAUCAGAAGUUGAUUUCCGUAGAGGUCCGCAAACUUUUACUCAUUGUUAACAAGAGAGCACAAUAGGACAUGUGGUGUGUCGCCAUCGAAACAUUUUGCAUAAUUGGCUCUGAGAAACUCGCGCGUGGACUUAAUGACGUUUCAAACUAUCGAGAAAAUGUGCAGACGCCCCAGGAAUUAGACUUCCGUUUAAUUCCAACUUCUAAAAAUAACUUAAGUGAAAUUCAUAUAUCCCAGCCGACGCCCUAGGAUUCCCUGUCUGUCCCAUCAUUUUGUCUUGGUCUUAACGUCAAGAACUCUUGUUCAGAGGAGUCCGAGAGGGCUUUCAAUAUAAACACUAUCUUGGAAACGGAGUUUACACUUGCGUUACGCGAGAGCCAAUAAUUAUUAUCCUCAGCUGUUUUUGAGGAGUAGGUUAUAAUGGUGAAUAAAGGACAUAUAAAAUGACUGACAAGGUCACAAGUUAAAGGAACAUACUCAAGAGAAAUAUAGAGAACCCUUUUUUUUUUUUGGUUUCAAAAAAGCAAGUCAUAUACUGUAGACGUACGUGGAAGAGACAACUUAUAGGUACCAAAAAAGUGGAUAUUUAAUAACAUGCAUCUAGUGUUUGUGUUUAAGGAAUAAAAACGUGUAUAUUUAAAAGAAAUAAUACUUCAGAUAGCUGAAAACUGCGAAGACGAAAUCGCAAAUAAAAUAGGCGUUGAUUUAAGCGGUGCUGAUUUUAUAAUCUCUUGCUCUAUUAGUCUCCGUUUAAGGGAUGAGGGGGAGGGGGAUGGGGGAGGGGGAACAAAUAAUUCCCUUCGUGUUUUCCUUUCUACAAAACCGGGUAAAGGCAGUGUAUUAAAUCGCACUGCGUUUGCAUUUUAGUUGAAGCCGUGGUAUGGUCGUGAUAUGGUCCCGCCAUAUCCUUUAUUAAAGCAUAUCCUUUAUCAAUUUAUCCUUUUAUUGCCUUUCAGUCAGUGUAGGUUGUGUGAGCGCGCGUUGUUUUCUUUUAUUAUUUGACGUGUGUAUUUAGUUCGUUAUUUAAUUUAACGCAUUACAGGUUUUUGGAGCCGAAACCGAUUCUGGUUGUUUUCCUACUGACGAACAGUUACGGCAUUUAUUUACCUUGUCGGCAACUGUGCUCACGUUAAUGGGUGAUUCAAUAAUCCAUUCAUAAAAUGAAUAAUCCAACAGUCAAAAAUGAUUCAAAAAUCAAAUGUUGAUUUGGUUUUGAACAAAAAUGUUCUUUAUUCUGGUCUGUUGUGUUCAAACCGACGUUUGACUGGAAUUGCUUUAAUCAAAAUAACACCUUUUAGACAUCCUGACAAAGGCCGAGGAUGACGAACAGUAUGACCGUCGUGUUUUUUACAUUUACUAUUUUUUAGACUUUAAGACAUUUCGGCAAACAGCAAUUUGGAAUCGAGGGAAAAUAUGACUAUUGUGUUCAUUUUUGAAUAUUUUGAAUACAAAUGUUUUUUUUGAAUGCAUUAGUUCGAGCGAAAACCUGGGGACUGUAAGACAUUUCGAAAAAAACAUGUUUGUUUUACGCUCUCGAUAAAAGGGAAAAAAAUUAAAACAUGGGGGCAAAGGGGCGGCGACAUUAAGUACAUCUCUCGAGUGUCAACGUGGCAGAACUAAUUAUAUGCACAAUCAUACUAUGGAUAAGAGAGGAUAAAGUACACUGUCUGCAUGCUCAAGAGGUUCCUUAUCACGGUGACAUAUUCUUUUGCACGUUUGCGUUCAUAACUGCAUGAACGUUUACGUUUUUAAACAGUCACACAAUUGGCAAACUAUCAGUGCUAAAAGACAUCAGACCUACUUUUUUUCGGACAAUUUACUACAUGGAAUUCUUCUGUAAAUUGUACGUGUCCCCUCAGACCACGUGACUCUGAUUUCCGGAUCUGAUUAAGAGUAGCACUCAGAUAAGAAGUCACCGCAAGAUUUGGCAAUUCUAGUCUUCCUGUAGUUACUUUUAUCAAGGGUCAUCAUCCCAGAACCUCUGGAGCCCAUAGUCCCCAUAUAAUCCCUUACAGGGUGAUAUUAGAUACGACUUAAAGGGGCUCUGUCACGCACGAGGAUACUGCUGCUUUAGGACAAUUCUGUACUGAAGUCAUUACUUAGGGCGUUUACCCGCUCGCAAAUUUCUGCUGAAGAGUUAUGAAGAAGAUAAUAAAACAAAAUUUCCAUCAGGGAGCUCUAACCAUAAUAAUUGUUAGUGAUUUGUACAGGCAUAGCAUCAGUAAAACUUGCAACGUUGGCCCAGCAAGUUUCAAUCUAUGUCGAUGCUUGCUAUCCAUAGCAACAGACGACAGGAACAGUUGAUUGAUGGGCUUCUGACAGGAAACAGUUUAAACGCCUAAAUAUACUGUUAAAUAACAGAAACUGUACGUCCAUUAUUUUUGGAAUUUAAUGAUGCAAAGAGACGGUUUAGCUUUUUAAAAGGAUAGAAAAUAAAGUGACGAGGCUAAGUUAUAACUAACCCCUCUCCCCCCAAACCGCCAAGCCCCCCUUCCGCACCCCUCACCUCCCAUAUCUAUCACCAGGACUUGACAGUCAAUCACUGACAGGUUCAACUAGAUAAAAACUCUAAACUCUGACCAAUUCCCGUACGCGUACGUGUACUGGAAUAAAACUAAACAAAACAAAGAUUGAAUAGAUGGGGGCAAACAAAAGAUGGUAUUUUCUUACACGUCAAGCUUUGCCAAGGUUAUGAAACAAUCGUGGCCGAGUGCCAGCGAUGACACGCUGAUGAGUCGAGUGGACGAUUUAAAAACUUAGCGGUUGUGGAAGUUGCUUUACAGCCUAUUUUCAAGGCACAAUUUAAAUUACAGCGUUUGAGAGGUCAAAAUAAACCCCACUUUAACAACUGCAUGGGCGGAUAAGAAAUUUUCGUAGAGUGAGAGAAAAUUGUAGAAGAAUCCGAACGUUCGCUUAUUGGAUAAUUUUAACGAUUUAUAACAAAUUGAAAAGUUAAAUCUAGAUAAUUUUUUUUUCUUAUUCUAUUCGCGCUUUUCCGAAACAUCUGCAAUAUCAUGCAGUUCUGCAAAAAAACAUUCAAGAAAGUUUGGAGAAAAUAGCCGGCAUGAUCGCACGUAAGCUCAAUCAGUUCGAUCCUGGAGCAAAGGGAUUAAGACAUCAAAAAAUAUAUAAACAAAUAAACGACAGUUAUUUCAUUCUAAUCAUUAUUUCGCCGCAUGAGACAAGCUUCUGAACGUGACAAAAUACAGUUCUUUUAUAUGCCUUGCCUUGCAAGGUCUUCAAGGAAGGGUAAAUACUGUUGUCCGCGAAAAAUAACCCAAAAAGCUCGCGUUGCAGAAUGAACACUGAAAACGGGAAUUUUGAACCGGCCUCCCUCAAGAGGAAUAUAAAAGCCGAUUAGCUUAGAAAAGGAAGCUGUAUGGGAUAAGGCAUAGUACAAGUAUCAAAGGCCAAAGUUACAUAAAAAUAAUGUAGCGUGUCACCUUUUGGAUAUGUGCGAGUUCUCUUUCACAGCAAAUAGGAGAAGCGCAAAGUUUUACUGUUUUAUUUUUUUUUUUCGCUUCAAGUUUGACCUUAACACAGACAGAAACUCAAGGAACUGUGAGUUGACAACUGACAGCGUCAAUGUCAAGGGAAAAACCCCCUCCCCGCCCCCAAACCCACCACUCUUUCCUAAAAAGGACUUAUUUGCCCUGUUUCUACUGUUUAGUUUGGCUUGGAUCUGCUCAGAUAUUAAAGCGGUAUUAGGGAGACUUUGCCCUAUAAAUGUGAAUAUACAACAGAGAAGUGCAAGGUGAGUCAUAGCAAACUAGUUCCAAAGAGUUUGAUUUAUUAGAGCCGGAGCGAAAGCAUUUACAUGUAGCUUAAAUUUAUGACUCAACAUAGAUAACCGAAAAUUUCAGACUUGGGUUUAUUCUCUCGGUACGGUAGACCUAACAUUCGGUCGAGUUACAAGUUUAUGUGAGCUAGCGAGCAAUUGCUGCCAAGAAGAAAACGUUUUUGCAAUCCACUGCUAUGGUUCAAGCCCAGAAUCAAUCCUCGAGUCGUGACAUGUGCAUUGAUAACUACACAACUUGCUGAGACAUGUAAAAUCUGUGACUAUUCAACUGAGCUUUGGUGCUCUUUACCCUACGUUUUUCACACAAAGAAGGAGGUUCUAUUCACAGUCCCGUGACAGAAACUCUAGUAGACUUUACCGUAACUUGAUUUUGUCUUCUGAGUUUUAAAAACAUCAGCAAGUGGAGCUCAAUCAAACUCUAAUCGUUUUGUUUCAUUCUAAUACAGGAAGGAACAGAUAUUUAGCCUGAACACAGCAAUCGUUAAGAUAAGAGAGAAACUACCGCUGAGAGUAAGUAUUUUACGAAGCAUAAACAUUUUUUCUUUCACACAACACGGGAUUCGCAAACACUCGAUGACAUACUUCGAGGGGCUUCUUAAGUUCAUGUGACCCGCACAAACAUUUGAUACAAAGUACUUUUCCUGUUAUGGCCAGCUGUGGGCAAGGUAAGAAAUUAAACGCACGCGCAAGAACGCCCUUCCUCCUGCCCCCCCUCGCGCGUAAAUUCCUUCUUUUCCAUUUCUUUUCUUUUUGUCAGAAUUCUCAAGAUAAAUCAGGUAUUUCCUUACACAAAGCCUGAUUUUGUUUACAAUACUGCGCAUUCGGGAUUUUUUCCAAAUUGAAAGAACCUCAACGUGCAUCUUUUUUUCUAUGGGGAGUGAAUUCAAGUCGCUUUCUCCGUAGUUUUGGAAGGGCUAUCUUGCGGAAGAAGCUCAGGUUUGGGAUAGGUCAAGAGUGCCUUUGUUCUAAAGAUUUCAGUUCUGAAGCCCAGCGGUGCUGGUUAGAACAACCUCUAACUGUUUAGGACAGUUUUGGCAGUGUACAAUCUUUGACAGAGCUCCUGCUUUUGAGUAGCCAAGAAACCCAGGCCAAAUAAUCUGCGUAUGAAUUAACUAUUGUUUUCAUAUCAAAAAAAGUAUGGACACGUGGGAUUCUUAACAAACAAAUCAAUCAACAACAUCAAUGCCGGUAUCAGAACAAGAAAUGUUAACAAUUUGUCUUCCCGAAGCUUACACCGAUGGUUGGGAGGGGAUGUAUACAACUCAAGCAACUGAGGUUCUAAACAUUUUUCACCAGACAAGACGUCAAACAAAUCCGUGUACUUGAUAAAAAUCUGUUCGAGACUUAACUGAUGGUGUCAAUUAAUAGCCGUUAAGUAUAUAUCAGCGGUGCAAAAUUCACCACCGAGCAUGGUUUUGAAAUUGACAAUUUGCGAUCAUUAGUUUUACAUAAAUGAAUUCCCCAGAAGCGAAGCGAGUACAAAGGAGACAAAUGCCCCCCCCCUCCCCCCCCCGGAGGGGUACUCCCAAUAAUGGAAUAAGGGACCGGUCAUUAUUUAUCACCUGGGAGGAGGGGGGUAGAAGAUUUGGGGCUAAACAAGGUGAAAUUUAGCCGACCCCCCCCGCCCCACUUUGAAUGUAACUUCACUGAAGUGAUCCCCCACCCUAAUAACAUUUGAUGACUUUCACAAGGGAUGCAAAGUUCUGAACUAAGGGGUAUCACUUGUUUUGUUUGGAAGGUAUACGAAAGGGGCACCUUUUUCUGUCAAAAAUGGUAUAUAAAAGAGUAAGGGGUUGGACCUUGGGACGGAGCCUCCGGGGAUAAAACUUUGUUGAGCACCCCCCGGGGGGAGGAAAUGCAAAGAAUUUCGUCCACAAAAGAAGCCUGGUGGUGAAAUUGGCUCUUUUGACGUAAAUAAGCAUAAGAGCUAUAAGAAACUCCAAGCCCUCAGCCGUCAUGAUCUCCACUGAGGGCCUAUUAGGAGUCUUUGGACUACCGGAUACUUUGGUUAAAAAACGAAGAAAAACAAAGAUGACAUACCCCCUAGCUAGGGGGCCUCUCCAUUUACUAGCCCAACCCACAUAAAAUGCUCGUUUCCGUGGUUACUUUUUCAAACAGUUAAGGUUUGCAUGUAUAUCGUCAUGAUAGGGGAAAAAAGUGAAAAACAGGAUAUCACUUGAAACCACUUUCAAGAAACUUCACAAACAGCUUAACCCCAAUAGAAGCCCAGCCAUUUCAGUCUCAUUUAUGAGAUUUAGAAAGAGAGGAUUAAUUUGAUCAUGCAGCUGCAAAACAAACCUCCUUGUCUAAAAAAUAAUUAAGAAUUUUUGGCGUUAUCUUAAACAUGUUUUUCAAAAGUUCAAAGAGAAAAUACUAGAUGAAUCACUUAAAUAUGAAGGAAGUAAGACAGAGACUAAGGCGUUGAAAGACACGGAAUUAAAAAUACGUGUCAUUAUUCUUGUCGCAAGUGUCAUAGAAAUUCCAGUAGCUAAUAUUCUGCUGAAUCUGCCGCACCAGACACAAUGAUGAUCGAGUUAUCGAAUUCAUUGGGCAGAUAAGCAUCAAAUUGCCCCAAAACGUCAAUCGCAAAAUCAACUUUUGGGAAGUGCUUAGUUUCCACAGGUCACGAGUUGUUUGUGACACUGCAAGCUGAAACUAAAUUUUCCUCGACUAACUCUCGGAGUUGAUCUUCACUAAUUUGGUUUAACUCCUGUCUGCGACAUUAUAUUGGCAUUUUUUCUAUCCCGUACGAUUGUACGGGUAUAAAAAUGCUAAGUUCUUUUAAAUCAUGAAAGUAUAAGUCUGUUUAUCUCGAUGCACAAGAUAACGACUAAAACAUUAACGACUCUGAUGAACUUUGUGGUCACUGAGCAGUACAUUGCAAAAUACGUAGGUAAAACCGACGAAAUACGAGAUUAACUCGACCAAAGCAUUAUAGGUUUGCCCAUAUUCAUUACAGAGAGCGUAUAUUCCUUCUAUUUUAGUACAUUUUUGCUUAGUUUAUUUAAAGAAAACAAGGCCCGGGCAGGGUCAAACUAAAACUACAGGAUACCAGUUUUCCACUGCUGCUUUAAUCUUGAGGUUCGAUCUUCUCGCCCACGUGGUUCACGAGUUAGGUAUCUACGAUAGAUUCCUCAAGGUCAAAAUAAGCUAAAACCAUAGAUGCCGGGAAGGAGAAAACGAAGAUAUACUCACAAAGAAACGGCUGAUGAGAGAAAGAACGAUAACUUGCUAGAUUUUUCCGGCUACUAUAGAAAAAGUAGACUAGCUUGUAUUAUUUGUGUCAAGACUGGGUCAAGACAUACUUCACGAGAUCGCGAAAAAACUUCGAAAUUACUGGAGACUUAUUCCGUUUUUAAUUUUGAAAAGAUAGUAGAAGAAUGUGAAUGCAUUUUUCCUUUUUACUUUUUUUUUGUACCCUGAAACGUGACUUUGUUAAUGCAAUUAGUGAACUUCCAGCCGUUGUUUGCGCAAGAUUAAAAAUAGCUUUGUUUUCGAAUCAGUCACGAGAACUAUUUAGGUCGUUAGUAAUAACAUACGAUUUUGUAUUAUAUUUCUUUUCAUUUUUUUUUUUUUUAAUGUCAUUUGCGUCUCAGAACAACGUGUAAAAAUGAACGCCAGGCGUCGAUAAUAUUUUUGCAGAAACGCAAAUUACAGCGUUAUUUUUAUUUAGAGGCUCAUUGAACAGUUUUACAAACCUAAGAACCCGCAGAAUUCGAUAUCGGUAAAGCUCAACUCUCGUUCGGGAUCGAAUGAGGACGUGCCUUCUGGAAUUCGUCUGCGGUUUGAAACAUCCUCAUUUCGAACCCGGUAUAAAAAGGUCAGAUCAUCACUUUUGUUAGCUCAGUCAAAUCGGAAGGACUUCACAACGCCCAUUUCUGACUACUCCAUUCGCAAAAUACACGCAUCGGAUCAGUUAUAAAUUAGAACGCUGUUAGCAGAAGAAGCUAAACUCUUAACCAACAUUUUAUCAAGUCAAAGCUAAGGUUGGUAUAAAAGACUUGUUAUGAUAGUGUCUUGGUUGCCCAUUGUGCGCAGAGUUAGAGAAAAAAUAAUGUCAACUGAGGAAACUUCAGUCAAACAGUUUUACAAGACCAAGUUUUCAGCGACAUCAGUGCUACCACUUAAUAGCAUUUAAUUUUUGUCAUUUGCCUCUGAAAGAAUUUUUUUGCAAGUGUUAAGUUCCUAGCUAGCCUUACCCGGCAGUCUCAGAAAAACGCUCAAAUCUCGGGUACAUUCAUCCAAAGGCGUACAUGGCAACUCGAGGUCUUUAAGCUUAUAGUUUCUUGUAAAAUAAAACAAGAUGAAUGAAGCGACGCCGUUGAAAAGGCUGGGAAACAUAAUGUUCAUGAACAUGUCUGACAGACGUAGGGACAGAAGAACAUAUUGGAUACUAACAGAACUUCUUUAUUUUCUCCUAUAAAAAAUAAUUUAGUAGAGUGACCGUUGAUAAAAAUUGUGUCUCUGAUACAAAAUAAUUUGGUAGAUGUUGAUAAAAAUGUUAGUGGCAGACGCUACGUGCCCCCAUUAAUUCAGAUUUUCGUUGUUGUUGCUCUGUUUUGUUCUUUUGCCUUUUUUGGAACUGUCAGCUUGGAAACCAGCAUAAAACUAGUAAAUCCUGAUUACAUUUGAUUUAUACCGCAUGGGUCUCUGUAAGAACUUGUGGAAGUGGGUCUGAAAGCGGGGAAAGAUUGGUAACUGAGGGUGCGCACUAAAGUCUAACAGGAUUAGCUAGUUUGGGCGUUUAAAACAAUAGUCUGUGAGAUGUUCUUCCAACUUUCUGCCAUUUUCUUAUCUGACUGAAAAUUUGGGGUAAUGAGGCCAGUUCUCUAAAUAAUAUGCACAUGUUACUCGUCUUGGUGGAAUAAUCAUAACAAUAAUAAUAAAAUAAUAAUAAUAAUAAUAAUAACAACAUAAAGACUUUAUAUCUUAACACAUUGUGAAUGCUAUUUAAUUUUCCCCCUUUUUAAUGAUUUUUUUUCCAGUGAUUGUCUUAGUAAGAAUGCAAUUGACCUUGAAAAUAGUUUCUUCUUUUUAUAAUCGAAAUGAAUUGUUUUCAUUGAAAUGAAAUGUUCUUAAUUUGAAUAAUUUUUGUUUAAUGAAAUGAUUUUUUUUUCUAAUCAAAACUAAGUGUUUUUUAAAUGAAAGGAAUUGUAAAUAGUGUUUUAACGAAAUAGUUUUUUUAGAGUGAAUUAAUUGUAAAUAGGACAUACAGACUUUAUUGACAUGUCAAAAUGCCUAGCUUACACACAGUGUAAACUAAUUGUGGACACCUAACUACCUAAACUCGGAAACCCUGCCUGCCUCUUAAUUCUAAAAAUUACACAGGUGACAGUUCUUAGGAGGUUCUCAAUGUCCUCUUUUUCACCUGGUUCUUAAAAGAAGCAAGUGUUUCAGAACUCUUAAUGUGUGUACUUAGUUUAGACCAUAUAACAGGACCAAUAUAUCUAAUACUGUUUUUCCUAGGGAUGUUUUCCUAGGGAUUUUUUCCUUUUUCAUACUACUCCCACUAGUGUCCUCAUGGGGAAAAACGUGGUCUCUGGGUUGGCUGCUGUUACCUUGAUGAGCUUCUUUUGCUCUUCAUUAAAUUGAUUUGAUUGCAUUUUAACGGGAAAUUCCAGCUCAGUUUUGAGAAUUGUUAUUUAAUUCAUAUUUCUAUUGAUCUCCGCAGAAAUAAAGAUGCAUUGUUUCGUUAUCGGAAUCAUCACUGAAGUUCUACUGAUAGCUAGAGUUGUAACAUCUACAAAUGAGAGAUGCAAUGCAUUGGUUUCGAAUACUUGCAUCCAGCGUUGUGCUGAUGCAUCAUGCAAAUGUGACGCUGUAUAUGGGGAUUUGAAAUUUGCAAUCUGCAAUCAAGCCUGUCAUGGCCCCGAAUGCAAGACUGUCACGUGCUCAUCUGGUGUUUGUCAUCAAAAAUGCCACAAUUGCCACAUGGAGUGUACAAGUGACGUUGAUUACUGCAGUCAGCAGUGUCUCUCUGGUGCAUGCUCAUUCACAUGCAACGCCAGGCAAUGCAAGCAGGAAUGCAAUGGGAAGGAAUGCAAAGUUCCUGUCAAUGCUGUCACAUGUCAAACUAUUUACCCACGUUUUCAUCUUGUCAUAUUAGCAGGUCUUUUUGCAUCAACAAGCAUUUUGUCUUUCCUGCUGUUAGUAAUAUCUUGCAAAGAAACAAAGAAUAACUGGAAUAUGACGAAAAGAUUUGAUAAAGGAGCCAGAUACGUCAAGAUUCAUAGCGUUAGUAGCAGCAUUGAGAGCCUUUAUUCUCAAGAAGCAGUAGCCGCGUGACGAAUGUGUUGCCUGACACAUGUAGCCUCUUCUGUGUUUACUACCACUGCCUCUUCACAAACAACCACACAAUUGAAAAAUAAUAGCUUUGUUACAGCGAAACAAUGUUAAGAGAGUUUACAGCUUUAUAAUGAAAGGACUUUGCUAAAAAGACAAAAGGUUCUAUGGAAUGAAAGAACUGGCAACACAUACAACAGACUGUGACAAAGUUGAUUUCGUGACACUUAUUUAUACGAACGAAUUGCCUCAAGUAUGAGGGAAGAAAAAGAAUAGUGGACCAUACACCUAGAUGAACGUUUAGUCGAACAAAAUGUUAUCUCCGGUCACUCUGGCCGGUAAAAGGCAUCUUAUUCAGAUGCAAAAGCAUUCUUCGCAAAGAAAGUCCAAAUACAAUUGAUUAUUUAAACAUAUCACUUAGUUGGCUUAGUGACUAAGGGGCGAACCGGAAGUUUUCAUUGACAGUGUUUUAAUAUUAAUGUGACAUGAUUAUGCUGAAUUUAGUUACUAAUAGAAAAGGCAAUAUUUGCCGAAAAUAAUUUAUCUAGUUCGUACAGCAAGGACAAUGCUAUGAACUGAAGAUUUUCAAUUAAACACGCACUUUUUAGACGCGUGCCAGGGAUAGAGAAUUUAAUAUUUAAACGAACAUAAAGUGUUCUAAAAGUACAGCUGAAAAGUAUCAUCAGAUAACAUCGUGUUCAUACACGAAACAUGACGAAACAA